AUGGCGGCAUCACUGUUUACUUUCUCCUCCACUUCAAGAAGAGUCGUCCCAGCUCCAAACUCUCCUCCUCUUCCCAUAUACAUCAAAUCCACAAAUGUCGUUUUCAACCCUGAUAUACCAGAUGUUCAUCGCGGUCUUGGACUUGAUGAUUUUGUCAAUUUUUUAGUAUCCUGCAGACUUCGAUACGCUAUCAGUGAGGUUCCAUCAGAGUUCUUUCCCGAACAAGUAUGUGAGUUCUACUACACCGUAAUGGUUAAUAAUGAAAACAACGUCAUCUCCGGCACUAUUGGGCAUGGCCGUCGCUCAGUUUUCAUCACCGCUGAUCUCCUCAGUGUUGCACUCAGGUUACCAAUUUUUGAACCAUUCUCUAAGCUUCCAACUAUUGAACGCUGCCGACGCCUCUUUGAUCAACUAGGCUAUGAUCACUCGAAGGCUGUUGCUCGCUCAGCUCUCAUUCUGCGUCAAUGUAUGACUCCAGGAUGGAAGUUCUUCACCGGGGCACUUUGCAAAUGUGUGGGUCACAAAUCUCAUAGUGGUGAUCAACUGAGUACUUAUGAGCAACAAGUUGCCUGUUCCCUUCUUCUCAACAAACGUCUUGAUUAUGGGGCCUUCUUCUUUGAUCAGCUUGUCCAACUUCUUCGUGCCAAUGUACGAGCUGAUCAUGUUCCAUUUCCACGCUUGAUUGCUUUUGUCCUGGAUAAAUUUUUCGCUGAAGCCUAUUACUCCCACUCUGGAAACCCCAUUCAAUGCCCACGCAUGUCAGUACGAAUGUAUCAGGAUGAUCCACUAGCAAAUGACAUCGGCAUCUCUGAUCGAAUGCGAGAAUGGAUCGCAAAUCCAUAUACAGUUCAUUCACUAAACGCUAACACUGACGAAGGAGCUGAUGAUAACAACGAAAUUCAUGCUGAUCUACAAGCUGAAAUGCAAGACGGUGGUCAUAUCUCCCCUCAACUUUCUCAUCUUAGUAUUUCUGUCACUGAAAGGGUUCACUCAGCUCAGGGGGAGCAACAAUCUUAG